AUGAAGGAUAACUUUUUAUUGCCUUCGACAUCAUCAUAUCAACUAGAAGUUCCAGAGAAUAAGACGAAGCAGAAGGCUAAACCAAAAUCUUCAAAGGGAAAAGAUAAAAAGAAGAAAGAGGCUAACCUCGGCGAUGGUGAAAAUGUUUCUUUAGAACAUCAAGUUUUGUGUUGUUUAACAUUUGAUAGUGUGCUUAACAUGGAGGAUAAUUGUGUAUUCCCUGCAACAUCUCCACAAGAAGUUCCAGAGAAUAAGACGAGGCAGAAGGCUAAACUAAAAUCUUCCAAAGGAAAAGAAGUUCCAGACAACAAGAUGAAACAAACGGCCAAGCCUAAAGCGUCCAAAGGAAAAGCUCGAAAGAAGAAGGGAGACAAUACACCUGAAGACCCUUAUGCAAGAGUGAAACUUUCCAAAAGUCAGAAACUGAAAAAACUUGCAUUAGAUAAAGCUGAGCGUUUGAGACUUAAAAUGAAUGAACAGGAAAGAACUCGUCAGAGAGCAAUAAGGGAGGCCAUUGAUGAGCUGAAACAAAUGGACAUUCCUGACUUCCUAAGCGUGGACAAUUACAAAGUUGGUUGUAAAUGUCACACCUUAAAAACUGUCAUCGCUUACAUCGCUCACAUGAUGAGCCAGAUAGAGAAUCACGACCAGAUUCACGGCUUAUCUAAACAUCUCCAGCAACAGACUCAGCUGCAUCAACAGCGGCUACAAGAGAAACUAAAUGUGAUGCAACAAGAGGAGGCACAGUAUCAGCUACAACAACAGGAGCUAGAGAAGGAAAUACUGUUGCAUCAACAGCAAUCUGUACAACAACAGCAGCUAAUACAACAGCAACAUUUUCUACAAACUGCGACAAAUCUAAAGCUUCAAUGUGAUUUACAGCAACAACAGUUGCAGUCAGAUCAACAGCAGGUGAUUCUUGAUCAACCACAGAUACAACUUAAAACACAGCAGAUACUGCCUAAUCUGCAACAACCACAACUACUGUUCAAUCCUCAGCAACAUAAAGAAAUGCAUCAUCACCAGCAACAGAGUUCAUCGCAACUAUACUACCAACAGUCAGACAAAAUAGUAGACCAACAGAUAACACUCUCAGAAAAACAUCAACAACCUUAA